GUACAGUCCAAAUUCAAGAAAGACAGAAAACUGAUAAAGUCAGAGUAAAUGAACGUGAUGUUGUGAGGGAUCUGAUUCAGCAACAUGUUGGAGAACAACCCUUUACAAACCAGAGGGGAGACUUUGGUUUGGGAGACCUGGAUGAGAAAAAAGUUAUUUCACUGCUCAAAGAGGUGAUUGAAAAGAUGAAGAAAGAGAAUCAGGAGCUCAACAUGAAACGGGCCCACUUUCAGGCCCAUACAGAUGACCUGGAAAUGUUGCUGAAACAGAAGGCUGAGGAGAGGGCUAACAUUGUGUCUCAGCAGCAGAGGUUGACCGCUGAGAACCGGGUGCUGAAAACCUCUCUAGAACGUGAAGAAAAGACCCUCUCCACCUUACAGGAGGAGCUGAGAAACCUUCGCUCUAAGAUUGGAGAUCAGGAGGCGAUGGGAGCCGGUGUCGACUCGCUGCUCUCAGAAAACCAGAGGCUGAAAGACCAGCUGGAGGAGGAGAAACAGCUGAUCCAGAGCCUCCACGGCCAGAGGGAAAACAUGAGGGCUGAAGCACAGACACUGAGAAAGAAACUCAAAAAGGAGAGAGCAGUUACAGAUGAGCUGAGGAGAGAGUUAAAUGUGCUGAGAAGUCAAAUCCCCACAGCUGGAAAGGAAGCCGAUGCAGAGGCAGAAGAGCUGCAGUCACGUCUGACAGAGCUGGAGAAGCGACUGAGCUUCGAACAGCAGCGCUCCGACCUGUGGGAGAGGCUGUAUGUGGAAACCAAAGAAGACAGAGCUAAAGGAGACGACACGUCGGCCAAAGUGAAAAGACCAAAAGAGGGCAUGUCGGGGAAAGUGAAAGAGACAUUUGAUGCUGUGAAGAACUCCACCAAGGAGUUUGUCCAUCACCACAAAGAGCAGAUAAAGAAAGCAAAGGAAGCUGUGAAGGAGAACCUCAGGAAGUUUUCAGAUUCUGUCAAAUUAACUUUCAGACACUUUAAGGAUUCAGCGUCGACCUUCAUCAACAAAGCCAGAGGCUUUUACGAUAAGAGACGUGAUGAGAAAAACACAAAAGAGUCAUGGCAGCACAGAUCCCACAAGCACCAUCACAGACAUCAGCGCAAAUCUGACAACUCCUUCCAGAGCAACCACAACACGCGAAAAUCAGGAGAUAAAGUUCACGAAGAGCGGAGUCAAGAGUCCCACAAAGCCAACUUAAAAGGAUGCUCCAGCGUUUUCGACUGCGCCUACCAGGAGUCUAUGAGUCUCUUCAACAAAGCUACGGAGCCAAUCAGAGCGGACAAAUUUUACCAGCUGCUGCAGAGCUACCUGCAGCAAGAGGUCGACCACUUCCACCACUGGAAAGAGUUGGAGAUUUUCAUCAACAACUUUUUUCACAACGGAGUGUUCAUCCACGACCAGAUGCUGUUCACAGACUUUGUCAGCGGCGUGGAAAACUAUCUGACUGACAUGCGAGGCCUUGACGACGACGUGUUCAGCGAUCUUGAUGACUUUGUCUAUCGGCACUUCUUUGGAGAGGCUUACAGAAGAAGCUACGGCCCAAACGGGCCAUUUGAAAGACCGGACACAGACUCAAAGGAGUCGAGAGCAAAGCAUCAUCAACGAAAGCAGCAGAGAGCCAGACCUAAACCACAAAGUGAACGCAAGUGGAGCCGAUCAGGAAGAAACACAGACAGACACAUGGCAGACGUCAAAAUAGAACUGGGCCCGAUGCCGUUUGAUCCCAAAUACUGAAAACGGUUCAACUAGUUAAAUGUUAUAGUUGCAAAUUUGGGAAGAGAAAUUUUGGUUGUGUUCAGAUGCAAAGUUGCUCCUUUUUUUUUUUUUUUUUUAUUGUAAGUUUGCACAUCUUUAACUUUUCAAUGCUACUGAAGGUCCUUGAGCUGUUGUGUGUUUAGUGAAGUAAUUGUUAGGUUUGAGUGAAAGAUGUGGCAUAUCUGACGUAACAUAAAUCUGAGUUAAUUUCGCAUUUUACAGAUGCGAAAGUAAAAAGAUUUAGAAAGAUUUCUUGCUGAAAAACCACUGAUCUUCAACCACAGCACUUAUGUUUUAAAUUACACAGAAUUAUUGAGCAAAAAAUGUUGUGAAUGAUUGUGUUUAAACAAAAAAAAACAAAAAAAAA